AUGGCGGGCGGUACCGUGAAGGCAGGGACAGGCGGGACAGGAGCCCUGAGGAUUCGAGAUCGCGCAGUCGAGAUCGAGACCGACGAGGGCGGAACAGGAGCAGGAGUGGCGACCGUCGGAGAGGAAGGAGCCGAAGUAGAGAGCGUCGUUACCGCGAACGCAGUCGCGAUCGAGAUCGAAGGGACCGAUCCCGCUCGCGCUCCCGAGAUCGCGACCGAAGAGAUCGAGACAGAGACCGUAGCCGAAGUCGUGACAGAAGGGACAGGGACAGGGACAGGGACAGGGACAGGGACAGGGAUCGGAGAGAGAGAGACAAAGCUUGCCAACAUGCUCUGCGAAGUUUGGAGCUCGGAGGAGUCUAAGAUGCGAUCCGAGACGCUGGAGCAGUGCCUGCAAGAGAACGUCUGCAUCUCUAAACUCGAGAGUGGAGCUGUGUUGAUGCGAGGAAGUCAGAACGUGCUCAAGGCAUGGUCGAGCAAGGAAGGCGGUGGGAGUGCAGAGCCGUCGUGCAGCAUCUAUGUGGAAAGCGAAGACAAGUCGAAGCCAACGCUGGUUCUGCACGUCUACCCGGCCAGCAAGAGCCCAGGGAUGACGGCCAAGGGCAUAAGUGCGACGGGGGGAGGAGAAGUCUUGGCUGCCCUCUACCGCGUUGAGAAGAACAAGAUCAAUCACAUCUGGCUGAGCUCGGAGGUCCCGGCGGGCAAGCUGAGCAAGGAGGCGGUCAAGAGCUCGAAGAUGUGGAACUUGGCGAUGGAGGUGAAGGAGCACCAGCACCAGCAGAGAGAUUAUCCGCGAGAGUGUCAACUCGCCGAGCAAGACGUCAGCUGGAGGAGGGCGUCUGGGGUUGUCAUGACGUGUGUGGGCAGGUUCUACUGGAACGACUACUCGAGCGCGGAAGACAAGCUCGGGAUGGGGCUGGGAAGCACCUCGUCGGCGGAAUCAUGGACCGAGAAGGAAUGA